CCCGCCGAGGUCGCCAGGUCCAGCGGGGCUCGUUCCUUCCUGGUGGAGUUCUCUGCUUGUUCCUGCCGCACCAUGGCUUUCGUAACCAGGCAGUUUGUGCGCUCGGUGUCCUCCUCGUCCACCGCCUCGGCCACGGCGAAGAAGAUCAUGGUCAAGCACGUGACGGUCAUCGGCGGCGGGCUGAUGGGCGCGGGCAUCGCCCAGGUUGCUGCAGCAACUGGCCACACAGUAGUAUUGGUGGACCAAACAGAGGACAUCUUGGCAAAAUCUAAAAAGGGAAUUGAAGACAGCCUUAGGAGAAUAGUGAAGAAGAAAUUCGCAGAAAACCCCAAGGCUGGCGAGGAGUUUAUGGCAAAGACCAUGAGCAGCCUUUCGACCAGCACGGAUGCAGCGUCUGUGGUCCACAGCACGGACCUGGUGGUGGAGGCCAUUGUGGAGAAUCUGAAAGUGAAGAAUGAGCUCUUCCAAAGGCUGGACAAGUUUGCUGCUGAACACACGAUCUUUGCCAGCAACACUUCUUCUUUGCAGAUCACAAGCAUAGCCAAUUCCACCACCAGACAAGACCGAUUUGCUGGUCUCCAUUUCUUCAACCCUGUUCCCCUGAUGAAGCUUGUGGAGGUCAUCAAGACACCGAUGACUAGCCAGAAGACAUACGAGUCUCUGAUUGACUUCAGCAAAGCCUUGGGAAAGCAUCCCGUUACUUGCAAGGAUACUCCUGGGUUUAUUGUGAAUCGUCUCUUGCUACCAUACCUUGCAGAAGCCAUCAGGAUGCAUGAACGAGGUGAUGCAUCCAAAGAGGACAUUGACAUCGCGAUGAAGUUGGGAGCUGGGUACCCCAUGGGUCCAUUUGAGCUUCUUGACUAUGUUGGACUGGACACUACAAAGUUCAUCUUGGAUGGGUGGCAUGAAAUGGAUUCGAAGAACCUCCUGUUUCUGCCCAUGCCUUCCCUGAAGAGUCUGGUAGCCGAGGGGAAGCUGGGCAAGAAGACUGGAGAAGGAUUUUACAAAUACAAAUGAUGUGGAAAGACCCUCACCAGAGCCUCCAGCCUGUGGUGGGCUGUGGAUGAGCAUGGCCUGGGCCUCCUACCGAGGCGAGCCCCCGGCCGCCCAGCGGGCCUGCCGCCGAAGUCCGCCGUCAGUAAUUGUUUCACUAGUUGCGGUAAUACGAGAUUCCUGCACUGACGACUAGUUCCCUGGUUUCGCCUGUUCUUUUCUGAGGGUUUUCUAAAAAGCUUUACAGCCUUGGUGCCUUGGAGCCAAUAUUUUUUUCUGAACCUUGCUGUUUGGUAGAGCACUGCCUCAAGUCACUCACUCGUGUCAUCUGUGAAUGAGCACGCGUGGUCAUCAGGGGGUCAGGAGCCCCCCGUGCAUAUGGGGUGCAUCUGUGGGGCAGCAGCCCGCAGUUCUGAGUGUUGCCUUUCUGAGAACAUUGUGCUGCCUGCAGCUUCGGGCCUGACGCCACAUUCUGGGCACAUGACACAAGAUGCUAGGUCUCAUCACUUCAAGACACGGCUCCUGGAGUGGUGGGAAAGAGCCUGCUUGUUUGCAGGAAGACGCCUGUCUUCAUGGUCAUGCCCAGCCACAGGUCUUAACCGUGUCUGCCUUUCUCUCUUCUGUGUUUCACGAGAAAUCAGUGCUGCAAACUGCCAAUAGAUUGACUCUGACAAAACGCAAUCUUUUAGCCUGUGAAAAUUAACAUAAAAAUAAAUGUGUAAUUUAAAAUAAUAAAAUGCUUAAGUAAUUGUAAAA